AUGGAGACAAAGCGCCCGCCCGCCGAACAUGCGGACAGAGCAGGUGUUAAGAACGAAAUUCUGAGGGUUGAAACUGGUACAGCCGAAACCCUUGAUCCAGCAGACGAAAAAAGAUUGAUCAGGAAGAUCGAUUGGCACUUGAUGCCGAUCUUGAUCACCACCUAUGGACUUCAAUAUCUUGAUAAGACUAGUCUUGCAUAUAGUGCUAUUCUCGGACUUCGAGAAGAUCUUAACCUCGUUGGGCAACAGUACAGUUGGACUUCCAGCAUUUUCUACGUCGGUUAUCUUGUCGCCUCCUAUCCGAUUUCUCUCGGAUUCGUGAGAUUUCCACUGGGCAAAUACCUCAGUGUGUUAAUUUUCCUGUGGGGCGUCGUCCUGACUCUCCAUGCCGUCACCAACAAUUACGCCAGUAUCAUGGCACUUCGGACGCUUCUCGGUAUAUUCGAGAGUGCCAUUAGUCCAGGAUUCUCCCUUAUCACGGGCAUGUGGUAUACACCCCGAGAGCAUGUGUCAAGACACUCGAUCUGGUUCGCAGGAAAUGCGACUGCAAGCAUUAUCGGUUCCCUCAUCGCCUACGGGCUCUUGAGUUACGAAGGCAGCAUAGCCCAGUGGAAGAUCCUCUUUGUUCUGUUUGGUCUGAUCACAGUUUCGUGGUCUAUCGUGUCAUUCUUCUACUUGCCCGACUCCCCACAGACAGCCAGAUUCCUCUCGAAAUCUGAGCGCGAGUUCGCGGCGUUACGUCCUCAUAAAUUCCAAAAGACCACGCAAACCAAGACCUGGGACCUGGUUCAGUUUAUCGAAAGCUUAACAGAUAUCAAGUCAUGGUGGUUCUUUAUCUUCUCGUUUGUCAUUUGUGUGCCCAAUGGUGGUACGACCAGCUUCAACACACUCAUCAUCAAUGGGUUCGGCUAUGACAAGUUCCAGACGAUAUUGAUGGGACUACCGGCAUCUGUUUUCCAGUUGACAACCGUGCUUCUCUCGGCACUUCUGAGUUCUAACGUUCGAAAGUCUCGUCUGAUCAAUCUCGUCCUCCUCCACCUCAUGGCAAUGGUCGGAAUACUCAUGGUGAAGCUCCUACCUACAAGCGAGAAGCUAUCCCGACUCGCCGGGUUCUGGCUUGUCAUGGCAAUCGCCCCGGCAUUUCCAUUGAUGCUAUCACUAGCAGCUAGUAAUAUCGCAGGUUUCACCAAGAAAUCGACUGUCAUGGCUAUGAUAUUCUUGGGUUACUGUGCGGGAAACCUCGCUGGACCGCAGUUCUUCAGUUCGUCGGAAGCACCCAAUUACCACACUGCUUAUACCACGAUUCUGGUUUGCUACGCGAUUAGCAUUGGUUUACUGGUCGGCUUUAGGUUUUAUCUCGUGUGGGAGAAUGCUCGCCGGGAUAAGGAACAGGGUGUCAAGAUUGACCCGGAGGAGACUCGCCGGAUUGAAAUCACCACUGAUGAAGAUAUAAAUCACGUCGACCAAACGGAUAAGCAGAACAGAUAUUUUAGGUAUAUUCUGUAG